UACUGUGUAAACAACAUGAAGCCAGGGACAACAGCAACAUUUAACAAAGACGUCCAGCAGCUGUUGGUGGUUAAAGAAGAGGUUCCCCCUGAGCAGCAGGAGUGGAGCUCCAGUGUGGACCAGGAGGACCCAGAGCCUCCACACAUUAAAGAGUACCAGGAGGACCCAGAACCCCCACACAUUAAAGAGGACCAGGAGGACCCAGAGCCUCCACACAUUAAAGAGGACCAGGAGGACCCAGAGCCUCCACACAUUAACGAGGACCAGGAGUUCACAUUCUCUCCUGUCCCUGUGAAGAGUAAAGAUGAUGAAGAGAAACCUCAGUCCUCACAGCUUCAUCAAAGACACACUGAACAGAUGGAAACUGGAGUUGAUGGAGAGGACUGUGGAGGACCAGAACCAGCCAGGAACUCAGAUCCAGAUACACAGAUACAGCCUGAGAAAGUUGACAAGACUGGAGAGUCUUCUGAACCUGAGACUGAUAACAGUGACGAUGAUGAUGACUGGACAGAGACCAGAGAACCUCAGUCAGGUUUAAACUCUCUUAGAAAUGAUGAAGACCCUGUUAGUGACUUGGAAUAUAGUGCUGAUGAGAAAUCAUUUGGCUGCUCUGAGUGUGGGAAAAAAUAUAGUCACAGUUCAACACUGACGAUACACAUGAGAUCCCAUACAGAAGAAAAACCAUUUAGCUGCUCUGUGUGUGGGAAAAGAUUUUGUAGAAGUGGAGUUCUGAAGACACACAUGAGAACUCACACAGGAGAAAAACCAUAUAUCUGCUCUGAGUGUGGGAAAAGAUUUUCUCGAAAAGAUAAUCUGAAGAUUCACAUGAGAACUCACACAGGAGAAAAACCAUUUAGCUGCUCUGAGUGUGGGAAAAGAUUUCCUCGAAGUGGACAUGUGAGGAGACACAUGAGAUUUCAUACAGGAGAAAGACCAUUUAGCUGCUCUGAGUGCGGGAAAGGAUUUUCUCAGUCAGAUGCUCUGAAGGGACACAUGAGAACUCAUACAGGAGAAAGACCAUUUAGUUGCACUGAGUGCGGGAAAGGAUUUUCUCUGUCAGGUGCUCUGAAGGCACACAUGAGAACUCAUACAGGAGAAAAACCAUACACCUGAUCUGAGUGUGGGAAAAGAUAUUCUCGCUCAUGUACUCUGAAGGUACACAUGAGAUCUCAUACAGGGGUUUGGAAAGAUAUUCCCGCGCAAAGAAAACUUAGUCACGUGACAGUCCACACAGGAGAGAAACCUCUCCACUGCCAUGUUUGUGACCAGAGAUUCACUUGGCCUCACCAACUCAGAAACCAUCAGUGUGUUGGUUGUCAGUCCUCACAGCUUCGUCAACGUCAAAACGAGGAGAACAGAGAGGCAGAGCCUCCAGCCAGUAGCUCAGCUGAACAGAUGGAAACAGAGGCUGAUGGAAAGGACUGUGGAGGACCAGAACCAGCCAGGAACUCAGAUCCAGAUACACAUUUACAAUCUGAGAUCGGUGACAAGACUGGAGAGUCUUCUGAGUCUUUUUGGGACCAUCCUCUGUAA